AUGCCUGUCCUCCGACGCUCCCCAUUCGCCCUUCGCAUUCCCUCCGCACGCUCCUAUGGCACCAGCCAGCCCAAAGGCCACAAGCCGACCAUUGGCAUCCGCCGCGAAGACCCUGAACGGCUCUGGGAGAGGCGUUGCCCUCUUACGCCCGACUUGGUGCACGAAUUGGUGCACAAGGACGGAGUGGACGUGCUGGUCCAGCCUUGCGAGAGACGGGUGUUCACCUCGACAGACUUCCUGAAGGCUGGCGCGAAGCUGCACCCGACUCUGCAACCCGCGCAUAUAGUCGUUGGAAUCAAGGAGACCCCUCUACCGGAGGUGUAUACGGGACCCCUUCCCUCCCCCCGUCUCCCCCAUGCGCGAGAUGGUUCGAGCUCGUCGCUCGUUCCCCGCACACAGAUCAUGUUCUCGCAUACAAUCAAGGGACAAGUAUACAACAUGGAGUUGUUAUCCAAGUUCUUAGCCUCAGAAAACCCGUCCGCGCCAGCAAACGGCUCUUUACUUCCUCGGCUCAUCGACUACGAGCUCUUGACCGGUGCAGACGGGAAGCGCACUGUAGGCUUUGGAUGGUUCGCAGGUGUUGCGGGGGCGCUCGAGGCGUUCUGCGCAAUGGCACACGCACAUCUUGAGUUAGGGGUAGCUAGCCCUUUCCUCUGGACACCGCGGCCGCACACGCACCCCUCAUUAGCGACCAUCCGCUCGACUCUCCGAGAUGUCGUCGGAGCGGAGAUUGCGGCCAGUGGUACGCCGAAGAGUCUCGGACCGUUGGUGAUCGGGAUCACUGGUACCGGAAAUGUUUCCCAAGGAUGCCUUGCACUUUUGGAGGAUCUCCCCGUCCAGUAUGUCAGUGUCGAACAACUACGAAGCGUAGUGACCGACCCUCAUACCGACCUGCACAAGAUCUACGUGGUCCACGCGCACGCAAAAGACUACUUCGUGCGGAAAGACGGCCAGCCCUUCGACCGCGCCCACUACUACGCCCACCCCGACGAAUACGUGUCCGAGUUCCACACGAAGAUCGCGCCCUACCUCUCCCUCCUCCUCCACGGCGCCGGCUGGGCCCCCGCCUUCCCGCGCCUGAUGACGAACGCGCAGCUCACCACGACGCUCGAGAUCGCGCAGACGCUCGGCAAGGGCCGCUUCGCGGCCGUCGGCGACAUCAGCUGCGACGUCGAGGGCGGGCUCGAGUUCCUGCAACGGUCCACCACGCUCUCCGCGCCGACGUACGUCGCGCGGCCCCCGGGGCUCCCCGCGCACCUCCCGCCCGUCGCGAUGAUGGCGGUCGACAUCCUGCCGACCGCGCUCCCCCUCGAGGCGUCGGUGCACUUCGCGGGCAGGUUCGCGCCGUACCUCCGCGCGGUCGUCGCGGGCUACACGGGCUCGCCGCCGCGGACGGACGCAGAGGAGGAGGCGGCGGAGGCGUUGCGACGCGCGACAGUCGCGCAGGGCGGGGAGCUCGUCCGGUCGUUCGAGUGGCUGCGCAACCCGUUGGGAGUGUGGAAGGAUAGCGUCAGCGGGGUCGCGCCGGUGUCGGGGCUGGAUAAUGAGGCGCCUGCGAAGACGGAGAAGAACGCGGUUGGAGUGGAGAGGAAGAAGACCGUAUUGGUGCUUGGGAGCGGAAUGGUCGCACCGCCGGCGGUGGCGGAGCUGUGUGGGCGGCCCGACGUGCAGGUGGUGGUAGCCAGCAACGUGUUGACGGAUGCGGAGCGACUCACCGCCCCCUUCCCGAAUGCUACGGGACUCCUCGUUGACAUGAGCGACGCCGCGGCUGUGGAGAAGUUGAUCUCCGCGGCGGAUGUGGUUAUUAGCCUCCUACCCGUGCCCUUCCACCCCGCUGUCGCCGACAUGUGCAUCAAGAACCAGAAACACAUGGUCACAGCGUCGUACAUCUCGCCAGCCAUGCGCGAACUGCACGAUCGGGCUGUGGCAGCGGACGUGGUGAUCAUGAACGAGAUCGGCCUGGACCCGGGCAUCGACCACUGCUCGGCGUUGUCCCUGCUCGAUGACCUCCGUGCGCAAGGCAAGGAGAUCCUCUCGUUCACGUCCUUCUGCGGCGGCCUGCCUGCACCUGAAGACGCGGAGGUCCCGCUCGGGUACAAGUUCAGCUGGAGUCCGAAGGGCGUGCUCACCGCCGCGCUCAACUCGGCACGGUUCAAGCUCGCCGGCGAGGUAUGCGAAAUCGACGGCGCAGACCUGCUGGCCACGCCCUUCACGGACCUACCGCUCUCGAACGUGCUCAAGCUCGAGGGCCUCGCGAACCGCGACAGCCUUCCAUACGCCCCCGCGUACGGCCUCGGCCCAGAGACCCGCACCGUCUUCCGCGGGACGCUGCGCUACCCCGGGUUCGCGCGGCUCAUGCACGGCUUCCGCGCCGCGGGCCUGCUGGACGCACAAACGAAGAUCGCACCCUCAAGCUGGCACGCGCUCGCCCGCGCCGCGCUCGAAGAGCGCCUCGGGACGCUCGUCAUGGACGACGCCGCGUCGGUGCGCGCCGCGCUCGGCGACGUCGUCUCCGAGGGCGACCGGGAAGACGUGCUCGCCGCGCUGCGCUGGCUCGGGGCACUCCCGCCUUCGCCCGCCGAAGACGCGAGCGGGGGCGACGCCGGGAUGCCGCCCCUCCCGGGGACGCCGCAGGCGCCGAUCGACCUCUUCGCGGGCCUGCUCGCGCACAGGCUGCGGUACCGCGCGGGGGAGCGGGACCUGGUGGUGCUCGCGCACGAGGUCGUGGCGCGGGACGCGCGCGGGGCGGAGGAGGUGCACGCGUCGCGGCUCGUCGCGUACGGGGACGGCGGGGGCUCGGCGAUGGCGCGCACGGUGGGGCUGCCGGUCGCGUACGCGGCGCUGCAGGUGCUCGACGGGGGCGUGGCGGCGCGCGGGGUGCAGGGCCCGACGGAGCGGGGGGUGUUCCGGAACGUGCUGGAGAGGCUGGAGGCGGCGGGGCUGGGCGUGCGGGAGAGCGUGGAGCGGAAGGGGCGGGUGGGCGUGGAGGAGACGUUGGUGAGGCGGUGGAGGGAGAUGAAGGCGUGA